AUGGCGACCACUACGGCCCUGAAGAUCAAAUCCACCAAGCAAUGGACCAUUGGCACAGACAUCCAGGGUUCCGAACGACUUAAUGGUGUAAGCUAUCAGGAAGACGCACUCGUCACCUACGGAAACUAUCAAUAUGUGACUUUCUACGAAACUGCUCCAGCCGGAUACCUGAAUCAUUUUGUUCGCUUAGGCCGAAGAAAGAUCUCACCUAGUAUUGCGGAUUGGGAGUAUCUUACGCUCGAUGAUUAUACUCAAAAAACAAUGGAUGGACACAACAUGAUUUCUAUGGGUAUUUCUGGUGAUGGAAAGAUUCAUCUUAGUUUUGACCACCAUGAUGUACCCAUCAACUACCGAGUCUCAAAAGCAGGCAUCGCCAAAGAUGUCCCGUCUAAAUGGUCUUCAGAGCUGUUUGGGCCAGUCGUUCACACAUUGGAUGGAUCGCAAGGACCCUAUUCGCCUUUGACAUACCCUCGUUUCGAACCGCUUCCUAAUGGCGAUCUGCUUCUCGAGUUUCGCAUUGGACAGUCUGGAUCUGGUGAUAGUUACAUCCAUCGCUACAGUUCCUCCACAGGCAAAUGGCAAGCUCAAGGGAUGUACAUCCAAGGCGAUGACAAUAACGCGUACAUCAACGGCCUUGACUACCUUGACGGAAAGCUUUACACAUCUUGGACUGUACGGGAGACACCGAAUGCUGACACUAAUCACGGCGUUUAUUUCGCGUACUCUAAUGACGACGGCAUGACAUGGUUCAACACAAACGGCACUAAGCUUACAAAGCCUAUCUCGACUUCUGAUGCAAGCACUCUUAUCUGGGAUAUACCACAGAACAGUCGCAUGGUCAAUCAAGAGGGUCAGCUUGUCGAUACCAAGGGACGUUUCCACAUCCUCAUGAGAGAUUUGCUGUCUGGAAAGCACCUCUACCAGCAUUACCUGCGAGACACCAACGGAAAAUGGACCAAAAACGCGAUAAACCCAGCCGGUCUCAAUGGUCCCGAUCUCUACGACCCACGAGGCAAACUGGCUGGAGACGCGACAGGCGAGUACCUGUUCGGACUUCUUCCAGACCCUGUGAAGCAGUCAACAGGGAUCUAUGUGGCGACGGCUUCCAAGGGCUUCAAGGACUGGAUGUCUCUUGCUGAGAUCCCUAAUACGGCUACAGAACCUCUCUUCGACAGGACAAGGUUACAUGAGUUUGGUGUUUUGAGCGUUUUUGUGAGACAAGCUGGUGGGUUCCCGGACAGGAAGCUGCAGGUGUGGGAUUUUGAGUUGGAUUUAUAG